AUGAAGGGAAUGAAAUUACUUGCAUGGUUUUUGUUCAUCUCAUGCUCUCAUGCCCUAUUAAGCUUGGCUCUCAAAGGCUUCUUUAAGUUAGAAUAUGAUCAAAAAGGUGCUAACCCCUCAAGACCUAUCGGACAAGGACAAGACUUUCAUGGUGUAGACGGCGCGGUCAAGCUAUGUGGAGAAAAAUAUGAAAUGGAUGAGCCAAGGAAGAUCCAAAAAGGGAAAGGGGGAGUUUAUGGGGGUGCAAAUAUUGCUCAUAAGCCACGCCCAAAUGAGAGAAGUAGUGCACCAUCAUUGUUAGCAAGGCCCCAACAGCCCUUUCUCUUCACUAAAACCAGGUUGCAAGUAACCUUUGCUUUGAUUCUUAUUCUUCUCUUUCAAUUGAUCUAA